GAGCUCAGGGCUGCAGCGGUGCCGGUAUUAACCGCGGAGUGGGUGAGGGCUGCACUGAGGCCGGUACCGGUGCAGGAGGGGUUGUUCCAGAGCUGACGAGCGGCUGGGACCAGGGGUUUGGGGUUGGCCACUGCGUCCAGCCACCCGUGGGUCCCCUCUGGGGGGAAGGAUUGGGGUUUGAAUGGUGGUUGUGGGGCACUGGAGGCCUCCAGGAAAACCGGGAGGAGUUGUGGAGUCGUUCACCACCCUGGGAACCCUCUUCCCUCCUGCUGCUCGACCCUCCUUUUGCAGAUUUUCCACUCAUCCAGGUGGUUUCUACUUGGAAAACCUUAUUCGUGGGCAUUCUCCUCACUACAGCUCGUUAAAAAUGCAAAUUAAGGGGCUUUUUAAUUAAACUGCUCUCUCAGGGAUUGAAAGCCCCACAAAGGCGUGAGGACACAGAGGUUAAACUGAAUCCCUUAUUAGGAGGGACGCAAAAAGUGAGGAAACAUCCAUGCUGAGGGAAAAUGGGUGUUAAAAUCUGACAUGGUUUGGUGUUACUCGUCUGGUUUGAGUGACUUGGAAUGGUUUAAUGUUGUUAACCUGGUUGCAGCGCUCUUAAACUGUGUCCUGAUAUCACGACUUGGUUGUUUGUUCUAAGCGUUGCAUCUCCUCAUCGGCUUAAAACUUACCAUAAGCUGGCUGCCCCUCCCCAAUAAUGUGGAUAACUGCGGAGGGCGUGUUUGCUAUCUCCAAAAUUCACCUUUCUGGAGGCUGGUGAGGUUUUUGUGCUGGGCUGGGAUGAAAACCUUGGGCAGCCGCGCGUCAAAUCCUGCCAUAACCUGUAGCAGAACGCAGGGAAAGGCGCCGCAUACCAGGGUGUUGCUGCUCCGGAGGUGUGUUUGCUUGGUGUGUUAACUGAGUAGGGAGUCAUUUAUUAUCGCCAAAGUCCCUGAGGCGUGGAUUAACUGCAUGCCCUGCUGAAUGUCCCCCAGGCGGGAGAGCCGACACCUUGCCGCACCUCAGGUGCAACCAUGUACAGCAAGGUGUAGGCUGGAGGUUCUCUUACGUUGAAGUGGGGGCUGUAGGUUCCCUAAUGCCCAGUGGUGCUCCGGUGCAACCAUGUACAGCGAGGUGUGGGCUGUGGGUUCUCUAGUGCCCAGCCACGCUCAGAUACAACGGUGUACGGUGAAGUGUGGGCUGUAGGUUCUCUAUCACCCAACACACUCAGGUGCAGCCAUGUACUGCGAGAUGUGGGCUGUAGGUUCUCUAGUGCCCAGCCGUGCUCAGGUGCAACCAUGUACAACGAGGUGUGGGCUGUAGGUUCUCUUAGUGCCCAGCCACACUUAGGGUUGCUCUUGCAACACUCUCACCGGUUCAUUGUUGCUGAAUGCGUGUGCAUGGAGCUCGGCCAGAUGGUGCUUUGUGCCUUCUGACCAAGCCUAAGGCUCUUUUCAGCUGCCAGGUAAUGCAUUAUUGCUCCUGACAUUCAAACCGCUAAUCCACUUUAUAUUAUUUCAUUUGCAAGCUAAAGCUACGCCGCUGCCUGCUAGAUAAAAAUGCAAAUGCAUCCGCCAGGCUUUUCAUUUCAGUGACGGGCUGUUAUUUAGCGCAGGGAAGAGUUUGCAGAGGAAAAAUGAGUUGGGCAUCGUAGCUCCGCGGGCGCUUUGUACAAGAAGUGCACUCUGACCACCUUAGAGGAAGACUUGGAGCUGUGCUAGUGAUGUGGGAAGUUGUCUUUCACUUUUAAAACUGCUGUCUGAUUCUGCCAAUCUCCCAAGGUCGGGGCUUGAACCCUGCCAGAUAAAGCCCAAAACGCCCCCCUCUUUUCCCAGCCAUGCAAACUGCGGGAUGAAGCUGGAAGCUGUGGUCGAGCAGCUGCAGAAGCAGCAGCAGAAGCAGCAAACGCCUCUGCAGAUGGAUUCCAGAGAGAGACAGCAGAGGCAGAUGAGAGAAGCCCAGCUGCUCUACACCCAGCAGCUGGCCGUGCAGCAGGCUGUCCUAGCAGCCACAUCUGGCAGGGCUUCGGGCGGCUCUGCUGUUGGUCCCUUGGCCAGAGGCCCGCCUGCUGCUGGAGCUACACGGGCUUUUGAUCAGAGCAGUAUGAAUUCUGAGCCAGAAGAGGAAGAGGAGGAUGAAGAAGAGGAGGAAGAUGAGGAGGAUGAGGAGGAAGAAGGGGGUUUGGAAGGUGGUGAUCUUGAGGAUGGCGCUGAUGUGACUGGAAAAGAAUCCUGCUCUACUCUGAAAUAUUUUCAUCCUCCCAAAGUUGCCCAUCAUAACCAAAGAGUGGCCUCGAGCUCUAAUCCUCUUCCUGCUUCGGGGCAUCAUCGGGGACAGCAGAGCAAAGAAGAACAGGGUAAAGACACUACUAAGCAACCAUAUUCCAGUUCACCGUCUGGACGCCAGAGCUGGCGGUUGGAUGAGCAGCUCAAACAGAACGGCAGCGUGACCUGGAGCGAUGAAGGUGAUGGAUGCCGAGGAAGAGAAAUUUCACGAGACUUCGCCAAGCUCUACGAACUGGAUAGUGACCCUGAACGGAAAGAGUUCCUGGAUGACCUCUUCAUCUUCAUGCAGAAGAGAGGAACUCCCAUCAAUCGGAUCCCCAUCAUGGCAAAGCAGAUCCUGGACCUCUACAUGCUGUACAAACUGGUGACUGAGAAGGGAGGGCUAGUGGAAAUCAUCAACAAGAAGAUCUGGCGGGAGAUCACCAAAGGCCUUAAUCUGCCCACCUCCAUCACCAGUGCCGCGUUCACGCUUCGCACCCAGUAUAUGAAGUACCUGUAUGCCUACGAAUGUGAGAAGAAAUCCCUUAGUUCUCCUGCUGAACUUCAGGCCGCAAUCGAUGGCAACCGACGGGAAGGCAGGCGACCCAGCUACAGCUCCUCUUUGUUCAGCUACUCGCCCACCACUACGGGGCCUCCUUCCCUCCUAUCUUCCCCAAAGAUCCGCUUUCCCAUCAUCGGCGUUGCUCCAGGCAGUGGUACCAGCAAUCCUCGGGUGUCUCCAGCAGCAACAGUCAGAAAAGGUGACGGUGUGCCCUUGACUGUGUCCAUGCCAAAUCGUAUUGCUGUGCCAGUGACCUUGGCUAGCCAGCAGGCAACUGUGGCAGCAAGAACAGCCACCCUAGAGCAGCUGAGAGAGAGGCUGGAGUCGGGAGAGCCUCCGGAGAAAAAAGUCUCACGGAUGAGCGAGGAGGAGCAGCGGCUUGUCCAGCAAGCUCUUCAGCGCAACCUCUUCAGCAUGGCACGGCAGAUCCCCAUGAAGAUCAAAAUCAAUGGCAAGGAAGAUAAACCAGACUCGGCGACGGCAGCAGCACUGAAUUUGUCACCUAAUGGCAUUGGGAGUAUUAACAUGUCGGUGGAGAUUAACGGCACAAUUUAUGCUGGAGUGCUCUUUGCGCAGAAGCCAGUCGUCCAUCUCAUUGCAGGCUCCAGCACCCAAAGUUCCUGCAGCAGCAGCAGCAGCUCCCACUGCUCUCCCAGCCCUACCUCAUCCCGGGGAACGCCCAGCGCAGAGCCCUCCACCAGCUGGUCUCUCUGAUGGUCGGCCGAGCCUGCUGUCUCUCACACUGGCCCCCGGCAGCUCUUCCUCUCUGCUCUCCGCAGGGAGAGAGCCGGGAAGGAGUCGCACAGAUUACCUCAUCUCAAGGAACCUGCUUUUGUGGUUGGCCAAUGGCAAGAUGAUGAUGCUGAAUCCUUUCCAUGCCAGCGAGUUUUUCUUCAUCAUCUGUUUGUCGAGCCUUUUUUCUUUGUUCUCCCCUUUCUUCCUCCCUUUUGCUUUUUGUUUUCUUCCUCCUCCUCUCAGGGUUUGCUGUGUUCCUGUUGGGGGGUGGGAAAUGAAGGGGGAGGGGGCACGCCUGGCGUUUUUCAAUCAGGGAUCGUCUCUAGGAGCUGCGGGUUGAGAGAUGGCUGAAACGUCACCAAGGCAGGUGGAAAGAGCUGGAGCUGGGGCAGGGAAAAGGGGGUUCUCCUUGAACCACGAGGACUCUUCCCACAAAACAACUCAGUGUAUUGACAAUCCUAAAGCCAGCGGGGUGCCUUGCCCCUGUCCUCCCGCGGCUUGUGCUGCAGAAGGCCGGUGGCUGCAGAGCAGGUGAGCUUCCUCACCUUUCUCCGGGCCCUGUUGUGUGUCCUCCCCUAGAACAUGUGCUCUUGGCUUGGGAGCCUCCUUCCCCCUCUCCGAGGUCUUGGCAAGAGUGGAAGGACUUUCUCACCACUACUUUGGCUCACAGACACAUCAAAAACCUUUUGAUUGGCUGCUUGUUCUCCUGGCUGGUGCUGGCCUCUUCCCUCCUGUUGCCUUCUUCAGGCUUUCAGCCCAGUUUUAGAUGCCCUUGACCUUUUUCUCCCAUUAUGGAACUCAUCCCUCUGACAUUCACCCUGACAGCCUAAACUUAUUGGGGCUCACUGGUGUGAUCCUCAGCUGUGAUCCUUGGCACAAAAGGGCUGGUGUUGAGGUUGCUGUAGGCUUCCUGGAGGGGCUUCCUUCUCACUAAGUGUCUUUCAGUAGCACCUGGAAGCUGAGUAAAGAGAAGGUGAAGCUUGAAGUCUGCAUCAGUGGGCUCUGUAGGUAUUGCGGUUAACGUGACCCAUGUGUGUCUUCAUCGAUCUCUGAACAAGCCUACAGAUACCCAGUGCCCUUCAAAUUAUAUGUGAGCAAAAAGAAAGUGGUUCUCGGUUGAGUAAGAGCUUUUGCUGUCCUGGGUGGAAGCAGAGAAAAGGAAAUCAAGCCCUUUCUUGCCCUUUCCCCUUAAACUUCCAGCUGAAAGGAAGCAAAAGCCAGCUCCCCUUGUCUCUGGAGCCAACCCAGCUGAGUAAGUGACUCCAGGAGCUCAGCUCCUGCUCAGGUGGUGGCCUCCUGUCCCCUCUUGUCUCCUGGCCUUUCCCCAGCCUGGAGAUGUGGUCCAAGCACCAUCCAUCCUGCCCUGGUGACGUCCUUCCCAUCCUCCAGGCCUAAGUCAGGUUUUUUUGAGCAGAUGAAAUACCUCAGAUAUGUACUUGUUGUUGGGUUUUGUGUUUGUUUGGGGUUGGUUUGUUUUUAACCUCUUCAGGAAGUAUUGGCAUAUCUUAUCGCUUGUUUUUAUAUGUGGUUUUGCUGACAUUGUGUUUUAUUUUUUUUUUAUUGUUGAUUGUAUCACCAAAGACAGGAAAAAAAAAAAGACUGAGCGAAGGAGCUGUGGCUUCCCCAUCCUUUGGGCUUAGCAGGAGAGGAGCUGGACAGCAUUAUCCCAGGACAUGUGUAUGCAAGGAAGAUAGGUAGAGGGAGGAACAGAGGGCAGGAGCAGCUGCUGACUGAGAUCUGUCCUUCAUGUUGGACACAAAGGUGUCUCCUUUAAGUCCCUAUGAGUCUUCCAAGCUCCAGGAGCUAUGCUUCCCUUUAAUGAAGCUGCUCAGUGCAGCUGGGAGCUGGCAGCGCUGCUCUCACCACAGAUGGGCUCUGUCUCGUGCGUGGAGGUAGCGAAGUUAUUCUAGUUCUCUUUUUCACCCAUUUUGUAAUGACUACCCCAGCUAGUGGGUAUGUAGCAAAAACCAGGCUGUAACUACAGAGGUUAGCCUACUAAAAACCAGUUCUCUGGAGUGUGGGGGACGAGUUGCCAUGUGUCAGAUAGGUUUGGGAAGAGGAUGUCCCCUUGUAUCUGCUCCAGCGGGGUAGUAGAGCUGUGGAGAGCAUUUAGGACGAGAGGCUGUGCCUUCCUGCACCACUGAGUCUGAGCACAGCCCUGAAGUGCCCAUCCCAUCCCUGCCUGGUGGUUUUGGCGAGGCAGUUAAGGCUGUGCUUUCUGAGACUCUGCAGGUUCAAGGAAGCUGCUCUCCUGCCGCAGCAUCAUCCCUCUGCUCCCAGAUUGCCCGGCUCGCAGAAGCUGUUUAUUUUAUACUACUGAAAAGAGUGUGGUUUAAAAACUACCGGGCCAGAUUCUCACGGGAGAAGCCCCAUCAGCAGCCUGAGGAUUUGGUUUCAAAAUGUACAUGAAAACAAAAUGAAAAACCCUUCCUUUCACCUCUCAAAUAUCAGGGUCUCCUUUUUACCCCCCAGCAUUGUUUGCUGCGCCACUGCUCUGGUCCUGCAAGACAAGAGCUCGUGUCAAGGUGUCUGUAGGCAGGAGCUCUGUGCUCUAAGGACAGUUUGAACAGCACGGCUUGGGUCAUCCAGCAGCAUGAGGACUCAGUAGGAUGGAGAGGGAUGAGAAUGCACAUGUCCUAAGAUAGGUGCUGAUCCAAGAUGCCCCAUCUCUGGCUGCUUUUAGGUGAAGCAGUGUCCACACGUCGGGCACCGGGAAGCCAAGCAGCUCUUUGGCUGCAGGGCGUUUGUUUGGCAGAUUCCGCAGGCCUCCAUGGCAUUUCAUCCUCGCAGGCUCGGAGAGGCUUUUUCAGACUCUGGGGCUCACUCAGAUGGGGUUUUAUUUCCUUUUUUUUUUUUUUUUUUUGUUUUCUUCUGGUUGGUGUUUUUUUUUUUAUUUGGGGUUGGGGGCUGUUUCCUACAUGUGGGACUGGGGCACUUUUUGCUUUUCCUUACGCUUUCUUCUCUGGUCCUGGGGAGCAGAGGUCGGGAAUUGGGUGGGUUUGCUUCUAUAUCACCUGCUAACAUUGUGUUCUCUUGCACAGAAAGGCACUCGAAUCACUGAACUGCUAAACAGCUUUGACACUACUAGAGUAUUAAUGUUUAUAAGCUUUACACAACUAGACUGGAACUAGACAGGGACUAACAGAUUGUUUUGUAUCCAAUUCAGGGAAAGAAUCAAGUUGGAAUGCGUAACAGAUACCUCAGUAAAAAUAAGCUGCAACAAUAACCUGGUCCUGUCUCAGUACGCGACGACAAGGACUGGCCGUUCAGACUGUGAAGAGUAACCCUGUCCCUAAGCCUGGCUUUGAUGCUGGUGCUUGGCUUUACUGCACGUUUCGCCAAGCUCCAGCUCUCCUGCUGAGCUGCCGGGCUUUGGGGCCAGGGUUAUGGAAACCAGCAGCAGAGGCAGGGUGGAGGAGCCAGCGAGGGUGGUGGAUCCCCCCCUUCUCCCUGGCUCUCCUUCAUUUCACUUGACCGUGUGCGAUUGUAUAGUACUCAGGGGUUUUGAUACUGCGGGUAGGACUGUUCCUCGUGGGAAGCGCUCCGCUUUGCAGUGUGGCUCAUUCUCUUUCAGCUCCAGCCCAGCGAAGGUUUUGCAGCGAGCAGCCAACAAAUAAAAGCCCCCAGCUUGCCUCUCUGCAGCCUCCGUGCUCCUAUUGCAGGGGGAGAUUUGCCACCUGAGUGGUCCCAUGCCCAGAAAAACCAAACCAAACCUCCUGCUCCUCUUCCAGCAGAUCCCAGUUUAUGCUGGGAAGGCACAAAGAUUGAGAGCUGGGAAGGGUGGGAAGAGGCGAGGGGGAGGCUGUGCCUGCUCGGCUCCCAAUGUGAAUGUGUCACACCAAGUUCUUUUGGCUGCUGCACACGUGUGUGUAUGCUCCAGACGGAUUUGGAUCAGAAGAUGUUUUCACCAAACAGCUGCAGCAGCCUUGCUACUAGUUUUCUUACCUAUUUAAAAAACAAAUAAAAUAACUAAAUAAAAAAAAAAGAAAUGUGAUAGCCUAGGCGGUGGAUAAAUACCUCAAGGUCUCCUUCCAACAAGUGUCUGUAUAUGUUGUUGUUGGGUUUUUUCUAUCUUACACGUUAUCUGAAUGUUUAUAUUCCAAUAAA